UUGCUCAUGGAAAAGUUACCAGGGUUUUCACAGGUUCUUGCCAGAAAGGCGCUCGUCAUUUGCGUCGAUGAGUUUCGUACGAGCAAGAUAUGCAGCCGUUGCGACUCAGAGACACUUGAAGUAUGAGACGAGCAGAUUCACGUAUGCAACCACAAUAUUGUCGACUCAAAAACAUAGAUAAAAGGCGUAGAAGACGGUGUCUUGAUGAUGAUGGAAACGUCAUUUGCUAUUCAUCUGAAUGCCGCCAAAGCAGACCCGCGUUAGUUCAAGACUUUGUUGAAGUUGAGGGGUGGUACAGAUACAAUCAAGUAGGCCAAUCUUGGCAAAACAUUAUUUACCCGAUUACUGUGCCCCAGUGCAAGUCGGCGAAUAACGAUGCCAAUCCACUGAUCUGGGAUAGAGAUAUCAAUGCUGCCGUGAACAUGCGUCGCAUUCUCCAGGCGUACAUCAAUUCCGGUUGUCGUAUCGAUUCCAGUCGGUCUCCCUCCAACGACGCGCACAAGCUGCGCUUGACGACGAAAGCCUCGUCAACUAGCCUUCUGGUCAAGGUUAAGUCAGGGUUGCAAAACCCCACAUCAUCAUUGUUCCACCUCAGAGAAGCCCUCGUUUAAUUCUCCUACGUACUUUUUUCUCUUUUAGCAUCCCUUUAGCAAGAAAAAAAAAGUGAGUGGAAUGUUCAAAGGAGCAAGGCUAUGGCACAAUUGCCUUGGAG